AUGGCCGGGGCGGGAGGGGGGGAAGGAAGCCGCGGGCAAGGGGAGGGCUGGGGGGGCACCACCAGCAGCAGCCUGCCUUCCUUCCCACCUCCCGCCCCAGGACUGCAGCUGGCCUCGGUGGACUGGCAGAGCCCGCGGAACAACCGGCAGCACCGAACGGCAGAGAUCAGCACGCAGCGGCCCAUCCUGCGGCGAGGGCAGCCCUUCCACCUGCGCCUCCACUUCGUCAGCCGCGGCUACCAGCCGGGCCUCGACUCCGCUUACCUCAUCGCAGAGACUGGUCCCCAGCCCCAGCGGCGGUUGGGCACUCGCGCCAUCUUCUUGGUGGGGCUGGGGCUGCCCGAGGCGGCCAGAAGCGUGUGGAGCGGCGGCUACCUCUCCAGCGGGCCCCGGUCCACCGAGCUGGCGGUUCUGGCCCCGGCCGCGGCCCCCGUCGGGCGCUACCAGCUCAAGAUCCACCUGGAGCCCUCCCAGGGCCCGGCCACCUCCUACCUCCUGGGGGAAUUCCUCCUGCUCUUCAACGCCUGGUGCCCAGAGGACGAGGUGUUCCUGGCCAGUGAGGAGGAGCGGCAGGAAUACGUCCUGAGCGAAGAGGGCCUCUUCUACCGGGGGAACAAGGACUGGAUCCAGCCCUCCCCCUGGCAUUACGGGCAGUUCGAAGAGGACGUGGUGGACAUCUGCUUGGAGCUCCUCGACAGGAACUUGAGCUACCGCCGCAACCCGGCCCGGGACUGCGCCCAGCGAGGCAGCGCGCCCUACGUCAGCCGGGUGGUCAGCGCCAUGGUGAACAGCAACGACGACGGGGGGCUCCUGCUGGGCAAGUGGAGCGAGGACUACUCCGGGGGGGUCCGCCCCACCGCCUGGAGUGGCAGCUUGCCCAUCCUCCGCCAGUGGCACCGGGCCGGCGGCGAGCCCGUCCGAUACGGCCAGUGCUGGGUCUUUGCCGCCGUCUUGUGCACAGUGAUGCGGUGCCUUGGGAUCCCUACUCGCGUGGUGACCAACUUCAACUCCGGCCACGACACCGACGGCAACUUGGUCAUCGAUGUCUUCUACGACCAGACGGGCCAGCUCCUGCCCGGCCGCAGCAAGGACAGCGUCUGGAACUUCCACGUGUGGGACGAGUGCUGGAUGGCGCGCAGAGACCUGCCGGCGGGCUACGGGGGCUGGCAGGUGUUGGACGCCACCCCCCAGGAGCGCAGCAACGGGCUGUAUUGCUGCGGGCCCGCUCCGGUGGCCGCCAUCCGCGCAGGCGAAGUGCAGCAGCGCUACGACGCGCCCUUCGUCUUCGCCAUGGUGAACGCGGACCGCGUGGCCUGGCUGCUCUCGGGCACCGGCAAGGAGAAGCUCCACUGGGAGGGCGACGCCGUCGGCCUCCACAUCAGCACCAAGGCCCUGGGCAGCCCCGAGCGCCACGACAUCACCGGCACCUACAAGCCCCCCGAAGGCUCUGCGGAGGAGCGCCAGGCGUUCCAGAGGGCUCUGGAAGCCCGGGCCGGAGCAGGGGCAAGGGCGGCGGGAUCCGAGGCGAGGCUCGCCGCUGCCGCAGAGGCCGCCAGCCCGGCUCCGCUCUCCCUCCGGCUGGGGCUGCUGGAGAGCGCCGAGAUCGGGCAGGACUUGCACCUGGAGCUGGUGGCGCGGAGCCUGGCGGGGGCCCCCCACGAGCUGAAGCUCAGCCUCAGCUGCCAGCCCGUGCUGCACGACGGCACCCCCCGGCCCCCCUUCUGGCAAGACACCCGCUACCUCGCCCUGCGCCCGCACCAAGAGGAGCGGGUCUCGUGGCGCGUGGCCUACGGGCAGUACGGGCGGCACCUGGGGGAGGACGGGCAGGUGCAAGUCAUCGCCAUCGCCGAGGAGAACGCCGCCUGGCAGAAGGUGCUGGCCCAGAAGACCGUCACCAUGGCCAGCCCCACCCUCACCCUCAGCGUCUUGGCGCCGGUGGUGGUGAGCCAGCCCUUCCCGCUCCACGUGGAGUUCGUCAACCCCCUGCCCCAGCCCGUGGACGGCUGCCUCUUGCUCGCGGAAGGCGGCGGGCUGGUGAGGGGCCAGGCCUCCAUCGAAUUGGGUUCCCUCCAGGCCCAGGAGAAAGGCAGCAUCCAGUUCCAGUUGACGCCCUACAAGAAUGGGCCCCGGCAGCUCCACGUCACCCUCACAAGCAGUCACUUCCCCCCCAUCAAGGGCUGGAAGUGGCUGGAGGUGGCCCCCCACCCAGGGGACAGCUAGAGGAUGAAGCCC